GCGGGGGCGAGGCAGAUGGGGCUCAAGGCACGCAGGGCGGCGGGGGCGGCUGGCGGCGGCGGCGACGGGGGCGGCGGAGGCGGCGGGGCUGCUAACCCAGCCGGAGGGGACUCGGCGGCGGCCGGCGAUGAGGAGCGGAAAGUGGGGCUGCCGCCUGGGGACGUGGAGCAAGUAACCUUGGCGCUCGGGGCCGGAGCUGACAAAGACGGAACUCUGCUGCUGGAGGGUGGGGGCCGCGACGAGGGGGUGCGGAGGACCCCUCAGGGCAUCGGACUCCUGGCCAAGACCCCUCUGAGCCGCCCGGUCAAGAGGAACAACGCCAAGUACCGACGCAUCCAAACUUUGAUCUACGACGCCCUGGAGAGACCGCGGGGCUGGGCGCUGCUCUACCACGCGCUAGUGUUCUUGAUUGUCCUGGGGUGCUUGAUCCUGGCCGUCCUGACCACCUUCAAGGAGUACGAGACCGUCUCAGGGGACUGGCUUCUGUUGCUGGAAACAUUUGCUAUUUUCAUCUUUGGAGCCGAGUUUGCUUUGAGGAUCUGGGCUGCCGGAUGUUGCUGCCGGUACAAAGGCUGGCGGGGACGCCUGAAGUUUGCCAGGAAGCCCCUGUGCAUGCUGGACAUCUUCGUGCUGAUUGCCUCUGUGCCCGUAGUUGCUGUGGGAAACCAGGGCAAUGUCCUGGCCACGUCCCUGCGAAGCCUGCGCUUCCUACAGAUCCUGCGCAUGCUGCGGAUGGAUAGGAGGGGUGGCACCUGGAAGCUCCUGGGCUCAGCCAUCUGCGCUCAUAGCAAGGAACUCAUCACUGCCUGGUACAUCGGCUUCCUGACGCUCAUCCUGUCCUCGUUUCUUGUCUACUUGGUUGAGAAAGAUGUGCCAGAAGUGGAUGCACAAGGAGAGGAGAUGAAAGAGGAGUUUGAGACCUACGCAGAUGCCCUUUGGUGGGGCCUGAUCACUCUGGCCACUAUCGGCUACGGAGACAAGACCCCCAAAACGUGGGAAGGCCGUCUGAUUGCUGCCACCUUCUCGUUAAUUGGCGUCUCUUUCUUUGCCCUUCCAGCAGGCAUCCUGGGCUCGGGCCUGGCACUCAAGGUGCAGGAACAGCACCGUCAGAAGCACUUUGAGAAAAGGAGGAAGCCAGCUGCUGAGCUCAUCCAGGCUGCCUGGAGGUAUUAUGCUACCAACCCCAACAGACUUGACCUAGUAGCAACAUGGAGGUUUUAUGAAUCAGUCGUUUCUUUUCCAUUUUUCAGGAAAGAACAGCUGGAGGCAGCGGCCAGCCAAAAGCUGGGUCUCUUGGAUCGGGUUCGCCUUUCUAAUCCUCGUGGUAGCAAUACUAAAGGAAAGCUAUUUACCCCUCUGAAUGUAGAUGCCAUAGAAGAAAGUCCUUCUAAAGAACCAAAGCCAGUUGGCUUAAACAAUAAAGAGCGUUUCCGCACCGCCUUCCGCAUGAAAGCCUACGCUUUCUGGCAGAGCUCUGAAGAUGCUGGAACUGGUGACCCCAUGGGGGAAGACAGGGGCUAUGGGAAUGACUUCAUCAUAGAAGAUAUGAUCCCCACCCUGAAGGCUGCCAUCAGAGCCGUCAGAAUUCUACAAUUCCGUCUCUAUAAAAAAAAAUUCAAGGAAACUUUGAGGCCUUAUGACGUGAAGGACGUGAUUGAACAGUAUUCUGCAGGGCACCUUGACAUGCUUUCCAGGAUAAAGUACCUUCAGACCAGAAUAGAUAUGAUUUUCACCCCUGGACCUCCCUCUACUCCAAAACAUAAGAAGUCUCAGAAGGGGACAGCAUUCACCUACCCAUCCCAGCAGUCUCCCAGGAAUGAACCAUUUGUAGCCAGAACCUCCACAGCGGAAAUGGAAGACCAAAGCAUGAUGGGAAAGUUUGUAAAAGUGGAACGACAGGUGCAGGACAUGGGGAAGAAGCUGGACUUCUUGGUGGACAUGCACAUGCAGCACAUGGAGCGGCUGCAGGUGCAGGUCACAGAGUACUACCCCGCCAAGGGGACGAGCUCGCCAGCUGCAGGGGAGAAGAAGGAGGACAGCAGGUAUUCAGACCUGAAAACCAUCAUCUGCAACUAUUCCGAGACAGGGCCCCCUGACGCUCCCUACAGCUUCCACCAGGUGCCCAUCGACAAGGUUGGCCCCUAUGGGUUCUUUGCACAUGACCCCGUGAACUUGCCCAGAGGGGGACCCAGUUCUGCUAAGGUCCAAGCCACCCUUCCUUCCUCCGCAAGCUCCUAUGUAGAAAGACCCACCGUCUUGCCUAUCUUGACUCUUCUGGACUCCCGAGUGAGCUUCCACUCCCAGGCUGAACUGCACGGCCCACACACAGACCACAUCUCGCCGCGGCAGAGACGCAGCCUCACGCGGGACAGUGACACGCCUCUGUCCCUGAUGUCGGUUAACCAUGAGGAGCUGGAGCGGUCUCCAAGCGGCUUCAGCAUCUCACAGGAUAGAGAUGAUUAUGCGUUUGGCCCCAGUGGUGGAUCCAGCUGGAUGAGGGAGAAGCGAUACCUGGCUGAGGGUGAGACAGACACGGAUACAGACCCCUUCACGCCCAGUGGGUCCAUGCCUCUGUCAUCCACAGGGGAUGGGAUUUCGGAUUCCAUAUGGACCCCUUCUAACAAACCCACUUAGCAGGGGUCACUGGCUGACUCCUUGUAAUGUAUACAGACUGUGUAUAGCUCCCUGAAUCUCACACCCAACACAUACAGUGGGGACACCAGUAGCUGCAUCGGAUGCAUGCGUGUGCACAGUGGCCCCGGCCAGCAGGGGCUCUCAGCCUUCUGCCCCAAGUCACCACAACGAGCCGCUUCCUUUUCAGCAUGGUUUGCAUGACUUGACACUAUAUAAGUGGUCCCACUAGCCUCCUAGGAUA